AUGCCUUUGAGCAGAUAUUGCGAUGCGUGCCAGGUUUUAACAUUGGGAUCAGCUCAAGAAUCAUGGAGAACGGUCAACACAAAACAUAAACAUCUUGCUUCUAUUCAUACUGGAAGAUGCAUUAAAGGGGUGAUAUAUUAUCUAGCAGAUAUCUAUCCUACUGGUGUUUGUGUUAUAAUGAGUUUUGAUGUCAGAUAUGAGAAAUUUAGUAUGAUAGAAUUACCAUCGGUUAUUAGUAAAGAUAGGGUGAUGACUUAUGAUGGGAAAUUAGCUUGUCUUGAUAGACGUAAUUACCUUAGAAAACUCUGGAUUUUGGAAGACGCAGAGAAUCACAAGUGGUCGAGUCAUGACUCUAUUUCACUGCCUGUAGGUCACUUUAAUGAGAGUUUGCAUACUUGUUUCAACCUAACAGGUUGCACUCAUGCUGGUGAGUUUGUUUUCGUACCAUCCGUGUUUGGUAAAUCGUUCUAUGUUUUAUUUUGGGAUCCGGUGAGAAACAGCUUUAGAAGAUUUGUACUUGAAGGAAUCGUAGACGACGAGUCUUUGCUCAAUAAUGGUGUUCAAGACGGAUCUAUGUAUGCGCUCCAUGCUUGCCCCAAUCACAUUGAUAGUCAAAUGUCCUUGUUGUAG